AGAAAAAGUUAACCAAUGACUGGAGCAAAUGGCGAUGCCUGCAGCUGCUAAUUUUUGGAGAAAGAGGAUUGAAAGAUGAGAGAUGUUUGUUGAUGCUUUGAUAUUUUGAAUUUGGAAUCUCCAAUUGUGAAAAUGUCAGGAGAAAAGAGGGAAAUCGAGGGAGAUGAAAAUGAUUGUGAAUGGGUUGGUCCCAAACUUGCCGAAGCAGCGCCCGCCAAAAAACAAAAAGUUCUCGAGUAUGAGAAGGUUUACGUCGACAAUUUGCCGUGCUGCGAGUGCUACGAGAAAUCAUACAUGCACAGAGACGUUAUCAGCCACAUAGUUGUGACAAAGACAAAUUUUGUGAUAACAGCCAGCACUGAUGGCCACGUCAAAUUCUGGAAGAAACAGGACGAGUUGAUUGAAUUCGUGAAGCAUUUUAGGGCUCAUAUUAUGUCGAUACAGGGACUGGCUGCGAGUUACAAUGGAGUUUAUGCAGCCACAAUAAGCCUGGAUAAAACUCUCAAGAUCUUCGAUGUCGUUAAUUUCGACAUGAUCAACAUGAUGAAAUUCGAAUACACUCCAGGCUGCGUCGAGUGGAUCUACACGUCUGGUGACGCGAUAUUUGCGAUUGCCAUUUCUGACAGAGACUCUCCAAAUAUUUAUGUCUACGAUGGACAGGCCACAGAGAGAGCUCUCCACGUAUUCCAGGAUCUCCAUAAAAAGCCUGUCGUUGUAAUGAAGUACAAUCCAGUCUUCGAAACAUGCAUAACGAUCGAUGAGUCCGGGUUCCUGGAGUACUGGACAGGACCGAAAUCGGAGUAUCAGUUCCCCAGGUGUGUCUCCUUCGAGUCGAAGCUAGACACAAAUCUCUACGAAUUUGCAAAAAAUAAAACGCACCUGUGCUGCCUUGCGAUAUCCCCAGAUGGAAAAAGAUUUGCGUCACUCAGCAGUGAUCGAAAGGUUCGGGUCUUCAAUUUUUUAACUGGAAAAUUGUACAGAGUCUUUGACGAGUCGUUGCCGAGAUUUUCAGAGCUCCAGCAAACAACACAACAGCUGCCCAACAUGGAGUUUGGUAGAAGAAUGGCAGUGGAAAGGGAUCUGGACAAAACAGAUACAAAUCUGGGGAAUAUAAUUUUCGAUGAGUCCGGGUAUAUAAUUAUGUAUAGUACAAUGUUAGGGAUUAAAUUGGUGAAUUUGUAUACCAGUCGGUGCAUUCGAAUAUUGGGAAAGCCUGAGAAUAUUCGUCCGAUGCAGCUGGCCCUGUUCCAGGGAAAAGCCCGGAAGACAGCAUCAGUGACGGUGGAAAUGGAAGCAUCGGAGAAUCCCACCCUGGAGCUGAACAAGCCAGAUCCCACGCUCUUCUGCACGGCUCACAAGAAGAACAGAUUCUUCAUGUUCACGAGACGUGAGCCUGAGGAUUCCAAGGGCUCGGAGUGCGACAGGGACGUCUUCAACGAGAAACCCUCGAAGGAGGACAUAAUCUCGUCGACAGAUGCCACCAAUAUGCAGAAGAUUUACGACACAGCUGUCAUUCACACUGCCCUCGGGGAUAUCCACGUCAGCCUCUUUGGGAAAGAUGUCCCCAAGACUGUGGAGAAUUUCUGCGUUCACGCCAAGAAUGGCUACUACAACAGCCACAUCUUUCACAGGGUAAUCAAAGGCUUCAUGAUACAGACUGGAGAUCCCACUGGUACUGGCACUGGCGGUGAGAGCAUAUGGGGAGGAGAAUUCGAGGAUGAGUUCAGGUCACAUCUCAAACAUGACAGACCUUACACUCUCAGUAUGGCUAAUGCCGGAGCUAAUACUAAUGGAAGUCAAUUUUUUAUUACUCUUACUCCAACGCCAUGGCUGGACAACAAACACACUGUCUUUGGUCGUGUAGUCAAGGGAAUGGAAGUUGUACAGAAUAUAAGUCAAGUGAAAACAAAUCCCAAGACGGAUAAACCGUAUGAUGAUAUCAGGAUAGUGAGUGUAUCGGUUAAAUAAAUAUAUUUUUUUUUACAAUAAA